GGGCCCUGGGGCGAUGGGACUGGUUUGGAAGGGGGGUUUGGUUCCCCCCCUCCAGCUGAGUGCCAGGAAGAGCACUAGGAGCAGGCUCGGCCUCGCAGAGGGGUGAGAGUCUGGGAUUCGCAUUAAGGCAACUGCUAAAGCGUGGAUAAAUUUGAAAUCUGAGUUAAUUCUCCGUAGCUAAAAACGUCUCAAUACGAGAUGCUGUUCAUGAAGGGGCAGCAGCGCUGCCAGCUAUAAAAUUCAGUCUCUUGUGAUUUCAGCACAAUGCAAAGAGCAUCGCGACUGAAGAGGGAGCUCUCUCUCCUGACCACAGAGCCACCUCCAGGCAUUACCUGCUGGCAAAAUGAAAACCAGCUAGAUGAUCUACGAGCUCAGAUUUUAGGAAGUGCAGAGACGCCAUAUGAGAAGGGAAUAUUCAACCUGGAAAUACUUGUUCCUGAAAGAUACCCAUUUGAGCCCCCAAAGAUUCGCUUUCUGACCCCUAUCUAUCAUCCUAACAUUGACUCCGCUGGAAGGAUUUGCCUGGAUGUUCUUAAAUUACCACCAAAGGGUGCAUGGAGGCCUUCCCUGAAUAUCUCCACGCUGCUGACCUCCAUACAGCUGCUGAUGGCGGAGCCCAACCCUGAUGACCCUCUCAUGGCAGACAUAUCCUCAGAGUACAAGUACAACAAGCAACUGUUCUUGAUAAAUGCCAAAGAGUGGACUAAGAAGUAUGCAAGCCAGCAAAAGAUGGCUUCCAAGGCUUUGGAAGAGGAAAUAAACCAAAGUGAAACAAGUACUACCAAAGAAUCUAUCCCACAGAAAAGAAAAGGGAGCAAUAUCAUCAAGAAGGAGAAGAAAUCUCGCCUAGACUCUUAAGUGGUUUUUGUGGCUGUGCCCUUUGCUUUCACUGUUUUUUUUUUCCUCUUUGCACAGGUAUAACAACCUCUUAAUGGCUAUGUAGCAGUAGCAGGUUUCAUUUUUCUGUUUCCUAGCUUUUUGUGAAUAGUUCUGUCUUAUAAAUAAAACACAGCUUUAAUUUA